AUGGAACAGUUGUGGCAAUUCCCAUGCGCUUGGGGGGCUGUUGAUGGCUGCCAUUUACCGAUAGUCUGCCCAAGCGGUGGUCAGGAAGCAAGAAAAGAAUACCAUAAUUUUAAGAAUUUUUACUCCAUUGUGAUGAUGGCAAUUGUAGAUGCAAAGGAUCGGUUUGUAUGGGCCAGCAUUGGCUUCCCAGGGAAUUCUCAUGAUUCAGUAAUUUUGCAGUCCACACAGUUGUGGACUGAUAUUACUCAAAACAAUAUCAUACCUUCCAUAGGGAAAAACAUUGAAAAACUUAUUGUGAAUCCGUUCAUUCUUGGUGAUUCUGCUUUUCCGUUUCGCAUUUGGCUGAUGAAACCAUAUGGUCAUGCUACACUUAGCCCUAAAGAGAGCAAUUUUAAUUAUCGUCUCAGUAGGGCACGAAUGGUCACAGAAAGAGCAUUUGGCCAGCUGAAAAGCAGGUGGAGAAUUUUACACCGCAGAUCAGAAUGUGAGCCAGAAAGUGUGAAGGAAACGGCACUUACAUGUGUUGUUCUUCACAAUCUUUGCAUUGCUAAUGGUGAUAAUCUUCCUUAG